CACAUGUGUUAUUGAGGUUCGGGAUGUGCACCACCGUCUCGCUCUCACCGAAUCACCGGGAACCACGCGCGCUCAGGUGAUGCAACAGCCUCGGAACCCACGCGAGACACUCGCACUGUGAAUGUGUUCAGGAGCGCGUGGAGAUGGAGGAGCGUUCGGCGAGCCUCGGUGUCUUUCUCACGGAUUCAAGGAGAAAUCGUUCCUGAAUCCAGAAUCUUCCUCCAGAACAGGUUCCCGGAGAUCGGGAUGAGGAGUGUGUGGAGGAACUGAAGCCCGUUCCGGGAUUUGAGUGUCCUGGAGGAAUGUCACGCGUUUGAACACCCUGGAGCGCGACAGAGGCGAUCGUUCUUCUGUGAGAGACUCGUUCAGGAUCAUCUCGACACAUCAAACUUUAAUGACACAAAUAAAGGCGGGUCCAAAGCCAUGACAUCAGAGGGGGAGGGGCCUGUCUCAGAAGGGGCGGAGCCACACGUGGAUCUGCGUGCCUCUCCUGGCUGGGAUGGGCUUGUUGAUGAAGAGGCGGGGCCUGUGGAGCAGGAACAGGAAGUGGCUGAUGAUGUCAGCAGCGAGUUGAGCGCUCUGGUCGUCCCGUACCCUGAGUUGGCGCCCAUCGUUUUCUUCUGCCUCAAACAGUCCACGUUUCCUCGCAGCUUCUGCCUGCGUAUGGUGUCCAGCCCGUGGUUCGAGCGUGUGAGUAUGAUGGUGAUCCUGCUGAACUGUGUGACGUUGGGGAUGUACCAGCCCUGCGAGAACAUCGACUGCUCCUCGGACCGCUGCCAGAUCCUGCAGGCCUUCGACGCCUUCAUCUACAUCUUCUUUGCGCUGGAGAUGGUGGUGAAGAUCGUGGCUCUGGGGAUCUUCGGCCAGCGCUGUUACCUGGGCGACACCUGGAACAGACUGGACUUCUUCAUCGUGAUGGCCGGGGUGGUGGAGUAUUCGCUGGACCUGCAGAACAUCAACCUGACGGCUAUCCGGACAGUGAGAGUCCUGCGACCGCUCAAAGCCAUCAACAGAGUCCCCAGCAUGAGGAUCCUGGUGAAUCUGCUGUUGGACACACUGCCGAUGUUGGGGAACGUUCUUCUGCUCUGCUUCUUCGUCUUCUUCAUCUUCGGCAUCAUCGGUGUUCAGUUGUGGGCGGGGCUUCUGCGCAACCGCUGCUACCCGGAGGACAAUUUCACCCUCCCUACAGGUGUGGCACUGCCCGCCCCGUAUUACUCUCCCGAUGAGGAAGACGAGCGGCCCUUCAUCUGCUCUCUGCCUCAGGAUAACGGGAUCAUGUCGUGUGCAGACGUUCCGGCUCGCCGUGUUUCGGGACAUCAGUGCUGUCUGGACGUGGAUGAUCUCCUACAUCAUCAGGCUCUGGGUCUCGUGACCGAACCCUUCAUCAACGCCAGUGCCUUCGUACCCGGACUCUGCGUCAACUGGAACCGCUACUACACACACUGCGACACCGGACACAAGAACCCGCACAAAGGAGCCAUCAACUUCGACAACAUCGGAUACGCCUGGAUCGUCAUUUUUCAGGUUAUUACUCUGGAGGGCUGGGUGGAAAUCAUGUAUUACGUCAUGGACGCUCACUCAUUCUACAACUUCAUCUAUUUUAUUCUGCUGAUUAUUGUGGGCUCUUUCUUCAUGAUAAACCUGUGUCUGGUCGUCAUAGCGACUCAGUUCUCGGAGACGAAGCAGCGCGAGCACCAGCUGAUGCAGGAGCAGAGAGACGCCUGUCUGUCCUCCAGCACACUGGCCUCGCGGGCCGAACCUGGCGACUGCUACGAGGAGCUCUUCCAGCUCGUCUGCCACGUGCUCCGCAAGACUCGCCGACGCCUCGCCGCGUUCCUCGGAGCGCUCUGCCGAACACACACACUGCAGAAAACACACGCCAACGGAAGGAGAAACAGCCUCCAGCAACAGGAUGGAACCACACCUCCCGCAUCAGCAGCCAAUCAGGAGACAGAGGAGGAGGCAGCAGAGAAGAAGGGGGCAGGUCGGGGGUGGAGCCAAGAGCUGUGGGCGGAGACGAGGGUCAAACUGUGGGGCAUCGUGGAGAGUAAAUACUUCAACAGAGGAAUCAUGGUGGCCAUCCUCAUCAACACCAUCAGCAUGGGCAUUGAGCACCAUGAACAGCCAGACGAGCUCACUAAUGUUCUGGAGAUCUGUAACAUCGUCUUCACCAGUAUGUUUGCUCUGGAGAUGAUCCUGAAGCUCACGGCGUUCGGUGGCUUUCAAUACCUGCGCAAUCCCUACAACAUCUUUGAUGGGAUCAUCGUCAUCAUCAGUGUGUGUGAGAUCGUGGGUCAGUCUGACGGAGGUCUGUCGGUGCUGAGGACGUUCCGGUUGCUGCGUGUGUUAAAGCUGGUUCGCUUCAUGCCGGCGCUGCGCAGACAGCUGGUGGUUCUGAUGAAGACUAUGGACAACGUGGCCACGUUCUGCAUGCUCCUCAUGCUCUUCAUCUUCAUCUUCAGUAUUCUGGGAAUGCAUAUAUUCGGCUGUAAGUUCAGUCUGAAGACCGACACUGGAGACACAGUCCCAGACCGGAAGAACUUUGACUCUCUGUUGUGGGCGAUCGUCACUGUGUUUCAGAUCCUGACCCAGGAGGACUGGAACGUGGUGCUGUAUAACGGCAUGGCCUCCACGUCUCCUCUGGCCGCUCUGUAUUUCGUGGCUCUGAUGACGUUCGGGAACUAUGUGCUGUUUAACCUCCUGGUGGCCAUUCUGGUGGAGGGCUUUCAGGCCGAGGGCGAUGCCAAUCACUCGUUCUCUGAUGACGAAGAUGAUGAUGAGGAGGGAUCUUCCGCUAAAGGAAGUGAACAGCACAAAGACUCACUCACGUUAUCCGAAAAGCCUCCCUCUCUCACUGCGAACGGGCAUCUGGAUCUGGAGCCGCUGGCCGAGGAGAAGACCAGGAGCAGCUUCUCUGAGGAAAACCACCGGAGGAGGACAAUCUGCCUGAGCAGGAGAUCCUCCUCUCUACGACACAGCCGCAGUUCCCAAUAUCACAACUGGGGGCGUCCUCCCGCUCACCCGUCCUGGAGCCGCCGGUGCAGCUGGAACAGUGGAGGCCCGAGGGCCGGGGGGGGCAUUGGGGGCAGUUUGCGUGUGCGCAGUGUUCACUCUCACCCCGCGGAGCAUGAGUCUCUCCUGCCCCCCCCACCCGCCCUGUCCCGCCGGGCCCGUCUCUCUCUCUCUCUCUCGGUCGAGCUGCCCGAGGUCCUGCAGCGCCCCCCUCUGGCCCGGAUGAAGAGUGAGGUCCUGCACCGCCCCCCACUGGCCCGGAUGAAGAGCGAGGUCCUGCUGCGCCCCCCACUGGCCCGAAUGAAGAGCGAGGUCCUGCUGCGCCCCCCUCUGGCCCGGAUGAAGAGCGAGUCAGCCGAACACCAGGACUGUAAUGGGAAGACUCCUGGCCCUCAGGGGCCACUGCUGGGAGAGGUUUAUCCACAGCUCAACGCACGCAAGGACAAGAACAACCUGGAGGAAGACACUGACUAUAGCCUGUGUUUCCGUAUCCAGAAGAUGAUGGAGGUUUAUCGCCCAGACUGGUGUGAGAAGAGGGAGGAUUGGUCCAUUUACUUAUUUUCCCCCCAUAACAAGUUUCGUCUGAUGUGUCAGACCAUCAUCGCUCAUAAGCUCUUUGACUAUGUGGUUCUUGCUUUCAUCUUCCUCAACUGCAUCACAGUGGCUCUGGAGAGACCCAGAAUCCACCAGGGCAGUCUGGAGCGAGUCUUCCUCACCAUCUCCAACUAUGUUUUCACUGCCAUCUUUGUGGCCGAGAUGACAGUCAAGGUGGUGUCUAAGGGCCUGUAUCUGGGCGAUCGAGCGUAUCUGCGCAGCAGCUGGAACGUUCUGGAUGGUUUCCUCGUCUUCGUGUCUCUGAUUGACAUCGUGGUGUCGAUGGCGGGCGGGGCGAAGAUCCUGGGCGUGCUGCGGGUGCUGCGACUGCUGAGGACGUUACGCCCGCUCAGGGUGAUCAGUCGCGCUCCAGGACUGAAGCUGGUGGUGGAGACCCUGAUCACGUCGCUGAAGCCCAUCGGAAACAUCGUCUUGAUCUGCUGCGCUUUCUUCAUCAUCUUCGGCAUUCUGGGAGUUCAGCUCUUCAAAGGGAAGUUCUUUUACUGCGUGGGUUUGGAUGUGAAGAACAUCACCAAUAAAUCCGACUGUCUGUCUAUGAAUUACCGCUGGGUUCAUCACAAGUACAACUUUGACAACCUGGGGCAGGCUCUGAUGUCACUGUUUGUGUUGGCAUCUAAAGAUGGAUGGGUAAAUAUCAUGUACCACGGGCUGGAUGCUGUCGGGAUCGACCAACAGCCCGUUAAGAACAACAGCCCCUGGAUGCUGCUGUACUUCAUCUCGUUCCUGCUGAUCGUCAGCUUCUUCGUGCUGAACAUGUUUGUGGGAGUGGUGGUGGAGAACUUCCACAAGUGCCGUCAGCAUCAGGAGGUGGAGGAGUUCCAGCGGCGGCAGGAGAAGCGGCAGCAGCGGCUCGACAGGAGGAGGAGAAAGGCCCAGCGUCUGCCGUAUUACUCCUCGUACGGCCGCGUCCGUCUGAUGAUUCACUCGUUCUGCACCAGUCAUUAUCUGGACCUCUUCAUCACCCUCAUCAUCUGCAUCAAUGUGGUCACCAUGAGCCUGGAGCACUACAGCCAACCACAGUCGCUGGAGACGGCGCUUCAGUACUGCAACUACUUCUUCAGCUCCACGUUUGUGGUGGAGGCGACGCUGAAGCUCGUGGCGUUCGGCAUCAGGCGCUUCUUCAAAGACAGGUGGAACCAGCUGGAUCUGGCCAUCGUUCUGCUGUCUGUGAUGGGGAUCGUUCUGGAGGAGAUCGAGAUAAACGCUUCACUUCCCAUCAAUCCCACCAUCAUCCGCAUCAUGAGAGUCCUGCGAAUCGCCCGCGUUCUUAAAUUAUUGAAGAUGGCCACAGGAAUGAGAGCACUGCUUGAUACUGUGGUGCAGGCUUUACCGCAGGUGGGGAAUCUGGGUUUGCUGUUCGUUCUGCUGUUCUUCAUUUACGCUGCGCUCGGGGUCGAGCUGUUCGGGGAACUGGUGUGUAACGCGGAUUACCCGUGUGAAGGCAUGAGCCGACACGCCACCUUCGAGAACUUCGGCAUGGCGUUCCUCACACUCUUCCAGGUGUCCACAGGAGACAACUGGAACGGCAUCAUGAAGGACACACUGCGCGAGUGCCCGCCGGGCGACAGCUCCUCCUGUAACUCCAGCCUGCAGAUCAUCUCGCCCAUGUACUUCGUGAGCUUCGUGCUGACGGCCCAGUUCGUGCUGAUUAACGUGGUGGUGGCUGUGCUGAUGAAGCACCUGGACGACUCCAACAAGGAGGCGCAGGAGGACGCGGAGAUGGACGCGGAGAUCGAGCUGGAGCUGCAGGCCGGCCUGUGCUGUCUGGGCCGAGCCGACCGGGUCUCGGGCGCCGGUGGAGGCGAGAGGACGGCGGGGAGCCGGAGGGACACACACACGGCAGCGGUGCACACACACACACACCGCAGGACAUCGCCGGACACACUCCAGCAGAGGAGACUCUGCUCACCUGCACAGGAGAGCCAGUGGCUGGAGAGUGUGUCUCUGCUGAUGAAGGAUUCUCUGGAUGGAGAAAUGCAGAUGAUCGAUAAUCUGUCGGGAUCCGUGUUUCAUCAUUACUGCUCUCCACCAAUCAGACGAGACGGCAGGAGCCAAUCAGGAGAGAUCCGGCUGGCGGAGAUCGAACAAACGUCUCUGAUGUCGGAGCAACUGUCGGAUAAAUCCUCGUCACCGGCUCUCACUGACAUCAGCCUGGAGGACCACAGUCUGGACAGAGACUGUAAGGUGGAAGAGGGCAGCGGGGGCUUGAGCACAAAAGAGGCUGUGAGCAGAAGUGAGGGAUCCAGCCCAGGAAGAGGAAGACAGGAACAGGGAGUGAGGCGAGAGGUCGGAGGUCAUCGGCUCCAGUCUCCAGCUCACACCGGAGAUGUCAGUGCCGGAGACAGCCGGGCGUCUUCACCUCUCUUCCAUCUCCCAGCUGAGUUCUUCCACCCCACCACCGGCGCCAUCCCCCAGGGCAGCCCAGCCACCGGAGCGGCCCCGCCCGGCUCCAGACACGCUUCUCCAGCCUCGUGGGCUUCUCUGAGGUCCCCGGGGGCCAACAGCAGGGUCACGUGCUCACAGACGUCCCGCAGCAACUCCUCACUGGCCACGGGCAGUUCGAUAGGGAGUCUGCAGACCACACUAGAGGAGGGGUUCUCCUCGCCAGGAGAUCCGACGCUUCCCUCAAUCUGCAGAACCCACGUUCCCCCUCCAGAACACACUCAGAGAACUCGUACUCCUCAGACUGCGCUCAACCUCCAGGCCACCAGGGGGCGGCAGAGCAGACACAGUGACUGCACAAACCCUAACUGGGACCCCACAGAACCAUCCGACGAGGAAUCAGGAGUUAGACCCGGUCAGGCUGCUAAUCCUGAACCGUUAUCGGAUAACUUGAGUAGCUUCUCUCUGACGUCUCUGCACCCGCCUGACUCUCUAGCGCCGCCGCUGGCCAAGAAGUGCAACAGCACUGGGAGUUUAGCGGUCCCGAAUAAAGGUGGGAGACGCUUAAUCGGACUCAACCCCUGGACUGAGACUGAGAGGGAGACCAAGACGUGUAGACAGACUGUGGGUUCUAGUCGGCGUAAGAACAGAUGAAAUGCAUGUUUUGCUCCAGGAUCUGUUUUCUGAACUCGUCUCCGCUUUUCUCUUGAGUGACACAAAUCUGAUUAUAGACCAGCCAGAACUCGGCUCCGGUUCUUCUUCAGGGCAUUACUCUGGACGCCUCAGAGGAGAUGCAGUAGCGUACUGUAAAAUGUUCUGCAACAUCAACUGAGAACUCAUAGGCAAAAACAGACUUAUCUAUCCCACCAGCCGGAGCGUGUAGCGAACGCUAGGUCACACUCGGCGUGUAGCAUGUGACGCAUUCAAACGCGGAAAGCUGAUGUAUGAAGAAGCCACAGUUGUGUCAUGUCGAAAUUACUGCCAUUGUUCUGUACUGUGGUUACGAAAAUCAUUUUCUUCUUCAGCAUUUUUGCCUUGUCUUCCAGUAAAAGUGAGACUCUGGCUACGCUAAUGCAACCCAACAAUUCGCUAGUAAUGGGAUCGACGGCUCAAUCGCACUAAAAGCCUUCCUGUAAACACCUCGAUCCCAAUGAAAUGUCGAUGGGGUUUAUUCCUUUUCUAAUCCGAUCGAGCGAUCAUGUAAACACUUGAAAACCGAAACUGAAAGGACUGCGCAUGUGCGUAGAAAUAGCGUAACGACGUGUGACGCGGGGAACGAGCUGUACAAAGUUGCAUGCAAACGUAGCCGGUGUGUGUUUUCAGAGAAUAUCUGUUGGUAAAUUGCCUUGUUUAAAGCAUAAAGUUGACUAAAUUUAGUUUGUAUUGACUUUCCCCCCGACUAAGACAUAUUCUCUGAACGACGUUUAGAUACUCGUACUGGGAAUCAAGCAAAAAUACUGAACAAGACAAGAGGUGCGUCUGAAAUCUUAUACUAAGUACUGCAUUUGAUAGGAAAUGUACUUUAAAAUGAAGUAUGAAUCAAAAAUAUUCAGAUGUAAUACAUGCCAUGUUGUCAUUAGCUGUGUUUCCAACCAAUGUUGCGAAUUUAACUUGUGCGCAAAAUUGGAAUAUCACAUAAAACAUUUGCGAAUAAAGCAGCGUUUCCACCCCGUGUGUUCACGAGAACAAAAGCAUCACUUCCUGGGAAACUGGCACUGAAUGUCAGUAAUAAACUAAGUUUCUGCAAUCUUUCUCUUUUCCCCUCCAUCAUAAACGAGUGUGUCGAGCGUCACACACUUCAACUCCGGCGUUUCAGAAACACCAAACCAACAUUAGAGACGCUGCGACGCCAUUGGUCCACUGGUUACUCCAGUUAUCCCGAGGGAAACUCAAAUGAGUUUGUUGUUGCACAUCGAGGGAUUUAUUCAGUAAAUGUGUUUCCAUCA